AUGGACGCCAACGCCCACUACUCGGAGCAAUUCCCCUGUACUUACGAGCAGAGCACGUUGCCCGUGCUGUCUCGACCUCCUCCAGAGGUACCGUGGUCUGCUACCGAUCAUAAUCCUAUCCCCGACUCUGAUACCAUUCCUCGGCCCGACACGCUCGCCCCGCAGCUCCCCCAGGUCGUCGCACCAGCCCCAAAGCCAGCGCCAGCGUCAGCUGCGCAGGCCUCAAGCACCGACAAAAAUGCAUCUGCCAAGGUCCGCAAGCCCCGAAAGCCCGUCAAUGCAACAGCAGGGAAGUCGACGCUAUUCUGGGUGCACACAGAUCUGGAGUCAGCGGCGGGCGGGACCAAAGAGGAGACCCUGAAGCGGAUCCGGUCCCACGUUAUGUCCGAGCAUAAUCGCAAGAAGCGCCUGGAGAAUACAAAGCGCUAUAGGAGCAAGUCCUUUAAACACUUGGCUUUUCAGCCGCCAGAGACGGUUCCUGAGGCUUUCGGGCCGCCUCGUCCUUCGCCGGUGGCUUCGUCAACCUCGUCGACCCCGUCGUCUUCGUCUGGUAGCCGGCGCAGCUCGCACGCUGUGGCGCAGCUCAACCAGAGUCAGGAAUUAGUACCCGUGACUACGGCUGCGACUGAACCCUACCACUCUGUUGGCGCAGCAGAAGCGUGGGAUGACUCGUGGGAUGAUAGCAACUUCGACGAAGUGCUCACGGAUCGGAUGAUGCGCCACCUUCAGAAUUUCCUGUGGGAUCUGACGCAGCAAGCCCAUCCGCUGCAAACACGGUAUAAGCCUAAGCUACAGGCGCAUUGGGCUGCUCUUAUCCAGCGUGACCCGGCGAUUCUCCACGCGACGAUCUGCAUGUCCACUUCUAAUGCGGCAGUGCAACGGGGCGAAUUGCCGGUUCGAGAUCCCCAACAGCCACGUAGUGCACUCGUGAUUGAUACCUUUCACCAUCGUGGCGAGACCAUUAGAUUGGUGAAUGAGGGUCUGUCAGACCCGGCUAAGGCGUCCAGUGAUGAAUUGAUUGCGGCGGUGUCUACCUUAUUGACUAUUGAGAUCGCAUCCGGCAACCCCGAUUAUCUGAAGAUUCAUCUGGCUGGAUUGCGACAGAUGAUUGGCCUGCGCAAGAAUUUCGCUGAUGUUCCCCCUGAUGUCCGCUUCCAGAUAUCAUGGACAGAUAUUCGGGUUGCUUGCAUGGCACUCGCUAAACCUAUCUUCACUUUUGUACGAUCUCCACGCCCACCGGGCUUGUCUCUUCUCCCGCCCACAGACGAUGUGGCUCUCACAGCGACGCGUCUGAUCCCUUUGAUCAAAAUUCCCGGCAUCUUUAGCGACUCAUUUGCCAAAACUAUCUACGAUCUUCUUGAACUCUCCUGGUACGCGGAAUGGAUCAAGGGUAACACAGGAUACACAGAAUUCAAUGACGACACGGAAGACUACUUCAACUUCGAGGUGCUCUAUGUGGAGUAUUCUCUACAUUCGGACCGGUACACACCAACUGGCCAAGUCAAGGGCGAUAACUCAAUCGAGGGCUGCUGCCGCCUCGCCUGUCUGUGUUUCCACAACAGCGCCAUCUGGAGCUUCUACCCUAUGCUGGCGCCAGUCCUGCCCAAGCCCAUUCUCGCCCUGCGUACCGCCCUUGAAGCGACUAUCCCGUCUGGGCUUUUCGCCCUUUGUCGGGACCUCCUGAUAUGGCUCCUUUUCAUCGGCGCAGUAUGCAGCCAAUGCAUGCCAGUAGAGCGAGCCUACUUUGUGUCGGAGCUCGCGACAGCAGCCCGUCUGCACGGUGUCAACUCUUGGCAAGAGGCCCGCUCGAUCCUGCUUGGCUUCUUCUAUGCCGACCGUGUCCACCUGCCCAUGCUGCGUCAGGUGUGGCAGGAAGUGCAGCUGCAGGUGGAGCCGACUGCGUGA